GUGUUGCUGAUGGAGUAGGAGGGUGGAGAGACUAUGGUGUUGACCCUUCUCAGUUUUCGAGUACAUUAAUGAAAACAUGUGAACGAAUUGUAAAACAAGGAAAGUUUAGUGUUAGUUCUCCAACAGGAGUUUUAUCUAAAAGUUAUAAAGAAUUAUUAGAAAACAAAGCCCCAUUAGUUGGGAGCAGUACUGCUUGUAUAUUAAUAUUUGACAACCAGAACCAUGUUGUGUAUACAGCUAAUUUAGGUGAUUCAGGGUUUCUUAUAGUCCGACAUGGUAAAGUGGUUCAUCGCUCGGAAGAACAGCAACAUUAUUUUAAUACACCUUUCCAACUAUCAAUUGCUCCACCUGCUUUAGGAGUACUUCUUAGUGAUACGUAA